CCAGUGUAUACCACGUUAGCGGGUUCUUUACCAGAAAGCCAGACUCGAUAAUAUCCUACGUCCAUAUGCCCUCUGUAUCUUGAGGACCACAUAUGGCCGAUGUUUGAAAAGACACUCCUUAGCGACCUACCUGGACGUAUCAGCACCUGCUGUAUUCCUCCAGUGUAUACCACGUUAGCGGGCUCUUGAUCAGAAUAUUAUCUUGUCGAUAUUCUAAUACUAGACUGAACUCUUUUAAAUAAAUAAGCUUGCACACUAAUCUUUUUCUUUUUCCUUGUACUUGAAGGUCAUCUCCUCCUUCUUCAAAACGAAAUCAUAUAAAGAAUGGUCGAUAAUUGCUUGUCUCCAGUUCAUAUCAGAAAAUGCUGCUAUAAAUUUUGAAGAUAGAGAAUCAAUUCUUGACGAUAUGAAAAGAAAAGUUAAAUCAAUUAGCAAUAAUCAAAACAUAUUGAGUCAUGCACGAAAUAAAGCUACCUCCAUUUAUUCUUCCUUUGACAAGACUGCUGAAAGGCGAGAAGUUAGGGAUUUGUUUGAGAGAAUAGAAAAGAAGGCCGAGUUUGAGUCAAGAAAGUUAUUAUACAGAGAAUCAAUGAAGAUUGAAAAUUUAAAUGAUAAAUGGGAAGUUGCCCCAGAUACGAGAUUGACCAAAGAAUUGGAGACAAGUCAAAUGGAUAAACGGACCGCGGAAAGUUCUUUCGAAGAUGAUGAAAGGGCAACAAAACGUACCAAAAGUGAUAAGGAUAGUAACGAUGAUCACGAUAACGAAGAUAAUCUUCUUCCUUUCUCGAAAUCAGGUGAAAAUUUAUCCAAUGAUGAAUCCGAAAUACUAACAAAUUCGGGGAAUUUAGUUAUGACUCAAGUUCACCGUUCAAUUCAGGAGACCAACGUGAUCGUUCACAACAAAUUUAAUUCGUUAGUUGAAAGUCAGGUUGCAUCAAAAAAAAAGAGUAAAGUUGCUGAAUAUUUCGAAGAUAUGAGAAAUCGAAAUAUAUUUAUUUUAUGUGAACCGUUUAGAAAAUUGUCAGAAGCGGACGCAGAUGGUCAGUUCGAGAUGAUAACUCGCGACACUGCUGUUAAGACUGAUAUUCCCAAUGAUAUCAAGGCAUGCCUAUGUGAUUUGCUAAGCGGAGACAUUGAAAGUACAUUGUCUAAAGUAGAGAAACCACUUGGCAGCGAAAAAACUUGGUCAAGCCAAACGAUAUAUCGUAUUUUUGACCUGUUUUCAAUGUUUUUUAAUGAAUUGGUAUCUGGCGUUUCGUUUGGUGAAAUUGUGAACGAAGCUCACAAGGAUAGGAUAUAUAACAUUAAUGCAGAUCAAAAGCCGUCAAGUACACAUAGAGGAGACAGAAAUGACGCUGUUAUUUGUCAAGAUGAAAAUGCUACAAUUUUGUACGAACAAUCAUUUGGUCCAACGGAAUUUGACGAAACCCAUUACUUAGGAGAUAUGACCAAAUUGGCGCGUAAUGGAGUUGAUGAUAUCAACUAUCAAUUCUUACAAUAUCGUAAAUCCUCUAUAACAACUGCAAAGAAACUUAAAUCCAUCGGAAUCCAUGGAUAUAAAUACUUUAUAUCAAUUUAUCUCACGGACUUAAUUAGCUGUAAAACCUAUAGGAUUUAUGAGAUAUUUAAAUGUAAAAUACCGACAUCAUAUUCAGACCGCUGGUUUUUAAUGGAUAUUGUAAAAAUCGGCGUUCUUUUGGAGGCACUGCUUGUAGAGCGAAAAUCUAUAAAGGAAAAAAUGUGUAAAGAACACAUAAUCAAUGAAAGUGACCGUAAUUGUGUGUUCAAUUGGAUAUCAAUUCCGGACAACACUCCAGACAAAAGAAAGACAAAAGAACAAAAAAAUUAAAUGUUUUAUUUUAAUACCAUGUAUGUCAUAAUACCUUCUCUACAAUAGAACUCCUUUCUAAAUACUAGUGUAAAUCAUUGUGUAAUUAAUGCAAAAUCAGCCGUUAAUUAGAUUAAAUAUUCUUCAUGUCAAUGAUAAAGUUACCUGUACCAAAUAUCUUCACUUAAUAAAAAUUCUUUGUUCCCAAUAG